GAGGGGGGGCUGGGGAUGGCCCCGGCGGGCUGGGCGCGGGGCCCCCUGCUCUGGGGGCUGCUGCUGCUGCUGCUGAGCCCGGGCCCGGGGCCGCCCGCCUGCCGCGGGGCGCAGCCCAACGCCUCGGCCGCCCGGGACCGCUGCAAGCGAGCGGCGCCCUGCGAGCGCCUCCGCUCCACCGCCUGCCUGGGCUCGGCGCUGCCCUACGCCGCCACCUCCACGCUGCUGGCCGCCGACUCGGGCUCCCAGGAGGAGGCGCACGACAAGCUGCUGCUCUGGUCCGGUUUGCGGAACGCCCCUCGCUGCUGGGACGCGAUCCAGCCCUUGCUCUGCGCCGUGUACAUGCCCAAGUGCGAGGACGGCCAGGUGGAGCUGCCCAGCCAGACCUUGUGCCAGGCCACGCGAGGCCCGUGCACCAUCGUGGAGCGGGAGCGGGGCUGGCCUGACUUCCUCCAGUGCACCACGGACCGCUUUCCCGAGGGCUGCCCGAACGAGGUGCAGAACCUCAAGUUCAACAGCUCGGGCCAGUGCGAGGCCCCGCUGGUGCAGACGGACAACCCCAAGAGCUGGUACGAGGACGUGGAGGGCUGCGGCAUCCAGUGCCAGAACCCGCUCUUCACGGAGCACGAGCACCGCGACAUGCACCUGUACAUCGCCGCCUUCAGCUCCGUCACCAUCUUCUGCACCUUCUUCACCCUGGCCACGUUUGUUGCCGACUGGAAGAACUCGAACCGUUACCCGGCCGUCAUCCUCUUCUACGUCAACGCCUGCUUCUUCGUGGGCAGCAUCGGCUGGCUGGCGCAGUUCAUGGAUGGGGCCCGCGGCGAGAUCGUGUGCCGAGCCGACGGCACCAUGCGGCUGGGAGAGCCGACCUCCAACGAGACCCUCUCCUGCGUGAUCAUCUUCGUCAUCGUCUACUACUCGCUGAUGUCGGGGGUGAUCUGGUUCGUCAUGCUGACCUACGCCUGGCACACCUCCUUCAAAGCGCUGGGCACCACCUACCAGCCGCUGCUCGGCAAGACCUCCUACUUCCACCUGCUCACCUGGUCCAUCCCCUUCGUCCUCACCGUCGCCAUCCUGGCCGUCGCCCAGGUGGACGGAGACUCGGUCAGCGGCAUCUGCUUUGUGGGCUACAAGAACUAUCGGUACCGCGCUGGCUUCGUCCUGGCUCCCAUCGGCCUGGUGCUGAUCGUGGGAGGCUAUUUCCUGAUCCGAGGUGUCAUGACUCUGUUCUCCAUCAAAAGCAACCACCCCGGCCUGCUGAGCGAGAAAGCUGCCAGCAAAAUCAACGAGACCAUGUUACGGCUGGGCAUCUUUGGCUUCCUGGCCUUCGGCUUCGUCCUCAUCACCUUCGCCUGCCACUUCUACGACUUCUUCAACCAGGCUGAGUGGGAGCGGAGCUUCCGGGAGUACGUCCUGUGCGAAGCGAACGUGACGAUCGCCAUCCAGACCAACAAGCCGAUCCCAGACUGCGAGAUCAAGAACCGGCCCAGCCUGCUGGUGGAGAAGAUCAACCUCUUUGCCAUGUUCGGCACCGGCAUUUCCAUGAGCACCUGGGUGUGGACCAAAGCCACCCUCCUCAUCUGGAGGCGCACCUGGUGCAGGCUGACCGGCCAGAGCGACGACGAGCCCAAGAGGAUCAGGAAAAGCAGGAUGAUCGCCAAGGCCUUCUCCAAGCGGAAGGAGCUGCUGCGCAACCCGGAGCAGGAGGUGUCCUUCAGCAUGCGCACCGUCUCGCACGACGGGCCCGUGGCUGGCCUGGCGUUCGACAUCAACGAGCCCUCAGCUGACGUAUCCUCGGCCUGGGCCCAGCACGUCACCAAGAUGGUGGCCAGGAGAGGGGCCAUCCUGCCGCAGGACGUCUCCGUCACGCCCGUGGCGACGCCCGUGCCUCCGGACGAAAGGGCGAACCUGUGGGUGGUGGACGCCGAGAUUUCGCCCGAGCUGGAGAAGAAAGCCAGCCGCAAGAAGAAGCGGAGGAGGAAGAAGAAGGAAGUCUGCCCCCUGGGGCCUGCGCUCUGCGACGUGGGCUCCUUCCCCCCGCCGGCCCGCAGCGCCGUCCCUCGCCUGCCCAAGCUGCCACGGCAGAAGUGCCUGGUCGCCAACCCCAGGGAGUCUCAGCUUGGGGAAGAGGUGCUGCCCCCGGGCUCCUACCCCGGCCUGAGGUUCAGCGUCUCCCAGCACGAAGGCCUCCUCCCCCAGGGGCCCCAGGAGAACCCCGCCAGGUCCAGGAAACACGCCGCCUUCCAUGUGGUCAGCAACCCCUUCUGCCCCGAGACCGGGCCCCAGGGAGAGCUGGCCCUCGAGGGCAGCGUGAGGUGCUUCCUGGCCCGCCAGCAGCACAACGGCUCGUUCCGGCUCCCCGCCGCGGGCCUGGAUCCCGGCCCCCUGCCCAGCGGGAGCGUCCCCUGCGGGCCGAGGACUCAUGGCAGGAGGGCAGGCUUCGCCCCCAUCCACUCCCAGACAAACCUCAUGGAUGCCGAGCUGCUGGAGGCCGAUUCAGACUUUUAGGCCAGGAGGGACCCAGACCCUUUCGGUGCCUGGAUAAGCCCUGGAGAUCACCUCAUCGGACACAGGCUAUGGAGGAGCCUGCAGAUCCCGCCGCGUACAGACGUGGGUUUAAAGCUCAUGCUCCAGGUUCCGGCCAGGGACGGUUUUCGCUCAGAGGCAGGUUCUUCUCUGCUGCAAACCUUGAUGCUUCCUCGGCAGCUUGUGGCAGCUUUCGAACUCCUUCCCCAUCCUGGGUUUCCUGGGCCCCUCCCUGCCGAUCUUCCCACCCGAGACGUUCGGCAUUGUCCUGCCCGCGGGAGGGAGCCAGCCCUCGUCUCGGCUGGUUGAACGGCAGCUGGACGGGGCCUGCCAGGGAUUGUUAUUUAUUGCUCCGCGGGUGACGGGAACAAAACCAAAUGGGCGUUUGCCGGUGAUGCGCCCAGAGGCCGGGCUCCUGCGGGGCUUGUGGGAUGGAUCCAGGAUGUCCCAGAUGGCGUCGUGGAUUGUUCCCUUCUUCACUCCGCUGCAUGGAGCUUUUUGAGGACUCCUCCACCGGCAGCUCUGCCCCAGCUGGGUGCAGCGUUUGCUCCCCGAUCUUUGGCCUGGGGGUGGGGAUGAGCCUUGGAGAAGGAGAGAAACGUCCUUUAAUGGCCUGGUGUCAGGGAGGCUGGGGGGGUCUAUAUGGAGAGGAGCCUCUCCGAGGGCAGAGAGAAGAUCCCGGUGGAUUCCUUAUCCCAGGAGCGUCCAGCUGUCCCGUGAACCACACCAGGGGCUGAAAGGAAGGGGCUGGCGGCUCUGAGCCAUGGCAGCCGUAAUAGACGGCCGGAAGAUUUAGUUAGGGGUCUGUUUAUUAACCUCUCGGAAGCACUGGGGCCGCGUCGCUCCCGGAUCUUCGCCCAUUGCCAGGAGAGGUGGAGACUUUGUACAGGGAGGGGUGGCGUGUGUAACACGUUGUCACCCGGAUCAACCUCAGUGACUCAGCCAAUCAGCACAACCCUCCUUGGGACGCAUCCCUGGGGGCGGGGACACGUUACCCAGCCCCAGAACCAGAGGCCUGGGCCAGACUUGUGCUGAACGGGAGCUGCUGGGGGGCAAGGAGUCCAGCUUGUAGGGCUCCAUGUGGCUCUCACGAAGCAUUGCAUGCUGGGAUUUGUAGUCCCCUGCAUUUUGGAACUUGUAGUCCCCGCUUGAUCUCUCUCUAUUGACACCCCUGUUGGGGAUCCUCCUGGCUCGCUAGACAGGGACCAGUUCAAAACAAGCCCACGCUCGGCCUUCCCCUUUGAAGGCUCCAUCCCCGUGUGCGGAGGACGCUAACUGGGCCCCUAGAUGCUACUUAGUGGGUUUACGUAUUUCCGUUGUGUUACUGGUUUUUUACUGUAUCUGUCUAAUACACAGAGACGUUUACUAGGGCUGAGGGCCGUAACAGGGAUGUCCCAGCUGGAAAUCCCUGACAGCAGCGCGUCAUGUCGCCUGCCUUCGGCCGGAGCUUGUUUACUGUGCUUUUCGCUGUGGAAUAUAAAACAAUGCUCUUCCCACACCCAAAAUGUGCCUCGUUCUAAGCCGGGCUCCCCGUUCUGCUAGUGGAGUCACUCCGGAUUGAAAAGGACGUAACCGAGAGCCACAGGAGGCCCCUCAUCUGUAUCAGAGCCGCGCGCUCGGGUUCCCUUUCACAAAGGCGCAGUCUCAGAGGAUGUAUUCUUGCUGGAGGGGAGGCGUUAUUCCUCCUGUGUCCCAGCAUCCCAAGCGGUAGGGAAGUGGCUUUCGAUUGGCUGACGGUGACAGCCGAGAGCAGCCGUGUUGGCGUUUCCCGUUCGGCGCUGAAGCGAGAAGGGCUGUGUGGGAGGGGGCGUGUUCCCCACUCUGGGGCCGUGUAAAGGGCAAAUAAAACUUCUUUUCUGGUGCCCUUGCGCCCUCAGAAUCUGCCAGGUGGUUGGAAUCCCCUUUUGCUCAAGAGUUGGUGGUUAACUGGGUCGUGUGUCGUGGCUUUUUUCGCUUAAGGGGCGGAGUCUUUCAUGUGCAAGCCCCGCCCCAUCUGACUGUUUUGUGUAAGGGGCGGAGACUCAAGGGCUAACCCCGCCCCUCGGGUGAAGGGGUGGAGACUUGCUGGUACUAGCCCCUCCCCUCGGUUGUUGAUCUCCUGGGGUCAGGGGAGCUAUUCCAGCCACAGCUAAAAAACCAGCUCGACCUGUGACCCAGAACUCAAAGCUGGAACUUCCCGGGGGGUUAAAAAGUCCGGCUGCCACAACCAGCUCAUUUUCCAUGUUCGUGAGCAGCCGGGUUCCAGCUGGCAACGCCCCAGGCCCAGGCAGAAGUCUCUCCUCAUGGCAUUUCUAGGCGUGCAGGGAGCCUCUUCCCACGGGAGGGGCUGAGCUGAAAAGUUGGGCUGAAGAUGUAGUUUGCAGGGGCGGGUCUGGACCCAGGGUUCCAGGUUGGCCCAUUGUAGGGAGAGGGCCAGCCAAGCCCAUUCUAGCCAGAUCUGAACCCCCCCAACGUUCGGGGGGGGUUGGGGCUGGCGUGUUCUCAUUCAGUCCUGACAAGACUCCCAGCCUGGCUCUGCCGGUGCAAGAGGCUUGGAGAAGCAUCAAAGUGGCUUUGGUUUCUCCUGACACUAAUUAUCUCACUGAGGGCUCCGCACUGCAAAGGGCCCAGUAUACAGAGGCUGGCGCAUGCUGCUGAGUGGGUCCCUCCAAAUAAUGUAAUGCCCAGGAAAAAUGCUGCGGCUUUAAGCUGGAAUUAAGGUGGUAAAUGAUUCCAUAAGAACGCAGGAAUUCUGGAUCCUAGGACGACCGGUUCAGACCGCAGGUGUCUCUAGUUCGGUAUCUUGUCUCCCACGGUGGCCCAUACCAAAUGCUUUGGAAGAAGGUGUAAGACUCCUCCUAGUGUCAAUUAUAGAAUAAUGCGGUUUCUUCCCAGAUCCUGGCAGUGUUAAGCCGACUAAACCCUAAGGCAUGAGGUUUCAUACCCUUUCUAACAUGUUUUAUAUCUGUCGGUGUUUCUUAUUCAUGUAAAUGUCUAAACUUUUGUUGAAUCCUGCUAACUCCUGGUCUCAGUGAUAUCCAAUGGCAGCAAGUUCCACAGUUUAACUUUUCUGUCUAAAAGAAAAAAACUGCUUUUAUCAGUAUUAAAUUUGCUAUGUUUCAAUUUAA